GCAGUGCGGUGGGCCGCGCAGACCGCCCCCGCCGACGUGGUGGCUUUCCGCGAGGGCGAACUCGCGGCGCCUCGCGAAAGGGAUCGGGCUCUCCGGGCCAGUGGCGCCGUGGAAGAAUGGUUCCGGGGGGUGGACCCCGCCAUGCGGCGCGUCGCACAGCACGAGAACGGGCUUCUCUGCGCAGAGAUCGCGGAGCGCAUUGCCUUCUGCGACCCAGGCUGCGUGGAAUUCUUCAGGGCGGGGGCGCCCCUCGUCGGCGAGCUCCCGCGGUCGGGCCACGGCAGCCCAGAGUCGACAAAUCGCGACAUUUCCUGUGGCCUCCGCGACGGCGCGCACGGCGACGCCAUCCUCCGCAAGACACGGGACGAGGCCGAGCUGGGGCGCAUCAGUUGCCCGGUGCCGCUCCGCGACGCGUGCCUGGACGGGGCAGUCAUCGCUCCGAGGUUUGCGGUUGAGCAGCUCCGCGAAGACGGGCCCUCGAAACUCCGGUUGGUCGACGACAUGACCAAGGCUAGGAUUAACGAGGCGACGCGGCCUCAGGAGCGGCUCCACCACGAUGCCGUGGACGCGCUUUUCGAAGCAGCUCGCAUCUUCCAG